UCCAAAGCAGAAGAUGGUGGUAAUGGGCCCAAUACAGUGCUUGCCAGCCGUCGUUUAAAACCAGGAAGAGAAAGAUGGAGACAUGACAGUAAGCUUAUUUGGUAAACAGACAGCUAGCUGGCCCUUAAAAGCUUGGCGUUGAACAAUGAGCCAGUCAGGAUGGGACAGACCCUGUGCAUAUGCUCCCGUGGCUCCAUCACCAUUGAUAACAAAAAGUAUUACUUUGUCCAGAAACUAGACGAAGGUGGGUUCAGUUAUGUUGAUCUGGUAGAGGGUGCAAAGGAUGGGCACUUCUACGCCAUGAAGAGGAUCCUGUGCCAUGACAGGGAAGGUCGUCAGGAGGCUCAGACAGAGGUGGAGAUGCAUCAGAUUUUUAAUCACCCUAAUGUCCUGAGCCUGGUUGCACACACCUUUGUCGAUCGUGGAGGCAAGACUGAAGCAUGGUUACUUCUACCUUAUAUUAGAAAAGGCAGUUUGUGGUCUGUUCUGGAGAAGCUAAGAGACAAGGGGAGCUCAAUGCCAGAAAAACAGGUUUUGCAAAUCUUGCGUGGCAUUUGCUCUGGACUGAAGGCUAUUCAUGAAAAAGGCUAUGCACACAGAGACUUGAAGCCCACAAAUGUGCUUUUGGAUGAGGAUGACAGGCCUCUCCUGAUGGACCUGGGCUCUAUGAACCGGGCCAGGAUUGAGGUUAGAGGAACCAGAGAGGCCAUGACCAUACAGGACUGGGCAGCUCAGCGGUGCACCAUUUCCUACAGGGCUCCUGAACUCUUCAAUGUAGAGAGCCACUGCAUUAUAGAUGAGCGCACUGAUAUCUGGUCACUUGGAUGUGUGCUAUACUGCAUGAUGAUGUUGGAGGGGCCAUAUGACAUGGUAUUUCAGAAGGGGGACAGUGUUGCCCUGGCUGUCCAGAAUCCAGUGACUAUCCCACAGUCUUGCAGUUACUCGGAGGGCCUGCAGAUGCUGCUGAGCUCCAUAAUGGUGUCAAAUCCCCAAGAGAGACCAAACAUCAACUGGGUUCUUGACCAAGUACAGGACCUGCAGAGUCGCAGCCCUAACACCCAAACCAACAUGGUCUGAUGCACCGUGAACUGGAUGUGGGGUCCUGGAAAGCUUUGCACACAUCUGAACGCCUAUUAUUUUGAGUUUGAAAAUAUUUCUUUUAUUUAUUGACUUGUGUGUAAACGCCUA